CGUGGUGACGUCACUCAGGUGACGUGAUCUGAAUAUUGGCGUUCCCGAACUUGAGAACUUGAAAAGCUGAAAUUACCUAUAUAUUAUAUAGAUGUGAGGGAAAAAAUGUAUGUUUUGUGCAAGACGAGAAAACAAGGCGCUAAGUCAUAUACAUGUUUGCAACAUUUCAGAUAAUUAUGUUAAUGUGAGUGGAUAAACAGAGGCUACACAUGCUGGAGUAAAGGGAGGAGAUGAGGAGAUCAGAUUGGAGCUGGGCGGCGCUUUAUGCUCCUGCGGGAUCCUUCCUGCACCCUAGAGAGAGCGAAAGUUCAGAGCAAGAAGCAGAAGUGCACUAAAUAAAGUCUAAACACAGUCAACUGAAACAUUCGCGCGAAUCUGUCUGUCCGGAGGCGCGCGGACACAUCUGUCUUCAGCACGGGUGCGCGCGCGUCUGGAUGCGGUUAGUUCUGUGGAAAUACUUUCUUGCACAAGAAUUUAUGGAUGAAACACAAACCCAAAGUGGAAGGUAAAAAAGUGCAAGUUGUGUGUGUGAUUUAAAGAUGCGCUGGGUCUGUUUCUGUGCGCUUUUGCUGAUGGUGCUGGAUAACGCUGUGGCCGUGCCUGCGAGGACAAAACACACGGUGGCCAGUAGUCAGUUGCAUAAGCCAUGUGUGCAGGUACCGGCACCCGCGGACACGAGGUCUCAUCGAGGUCCGGCCCGAUCCAAGCGCUAUGCCAUCAACCCACUGGGAUACAAGUGGGAGCAUUUCAACGUCACUUACAAGAUCACAAAGUUCCCCAACACACUGAAUAAAGAUGAUACCCGCAAAGCUAUCAGCAUCGCCUUCACGAAAUGGAGUGAUGUUUCUCCUCUGACUUUCACUGAAAUCACCAACCCCAACAAAAGUGCUGACAUCACUAUAGGUUUCUACACGUACAAUCACACCGAUUGUUGGUGGUCUCCGUUGCACCCGUGUUUUGACGGACUGAACGGUGAGCUGGCCCACGCCUUCCUUCCUCCACGUGGAGAGAUCCACUUUGACAACCAUGAAUUCUGGAUUCUGGGAAAGUCCCGCUUCAGCUGGAAACAAGGUGUGUGGCUGAAUGACCUGGUUCAGGUGGCGGCUCAUGAAAUCGGUCACGCUUUAGGCCUCUGGCAUUCACAGGACCCUAAUGCAUUAAUGCAUCCCAAUGCAACGUACACGGGUCAGCGGAACAUCGCUCAGGAUGAUAUCUGGGGCAUCCAGCGCCUUUAUGGAUGCUUAGACAAAAAGCGUGUGUGUGAUCCUUGGGCCCGGUUGGGUUUCUGUGAGAGGAGACGGAGCUUCAUGAAGAAAAACUGCCCGCAGCGGUGCGACCUGUGCUACGAGCCUCUGGAUGCCGUAUCUACCCCGACCCCUCCUCCUGAAAAUGUGAAGAUCAAAAUUGUGCCUCGUGGAAAAGUUGUGGGCUUCCGCUGUGGGACAAAAAAUACCAGAGUGCCUCCAAAAGUCAGCUGGUAUAAGGACGGCGAGCAGCUGCUGACAUCCAUUCCUGGCUAUAUUGUAAUUAAAGAUCGGGACCUGCGGCUCGUGGCCAACGAAUUCAACGAAGGCACGUACACCUGCCGCAUCCAUCGGCGCGGUAACGUGGUCUCUGCCAACUCCUGGGCCAUCCGGCUGAAGCCAGAGCAGUCCUCCAACAACAGCUGAUGGGAGUGACUGACGCUGGACGUAUUGACACUUGCUCUACCUCCAGGGAUCAAGACCACUCAGACCUGCUCUCCUCCGCUGCAGCGCACACAUCUCUGUUUGGCGGUCAUAAUGGACAACCUGCACAAGCAGUGGAUCCUGACCUUCGUAACUCUAAGGUCCCAUAUUGUCCAAGACAAUAUUUGGAAGGACCACCAAAUGGAUUUCCUGUUGUACUUCUGCUGCACAACGACAAAGGUGCUUGUUUUUUUAUUAACAUAAAUGGCACUUCUGAGGUAUAAUAAAUAGUUUCAUAGAUGCUUAAAAUUUGCCAUUAUAAACAUUUUAGAUCAAUUGAGGGCAAAACGAAUUUUGUUUGCACGGGUACAAUUUCAUUCUCUGCAGUGAAAAAAGAUCAGUAUUGCACGUGAAGUCCCUGAUUUUUAGUGGUUUUAAGGGCUGUUCACACCAAGGACUAUAACAAUGUUUUAUUAAUCUUUCUAAUUCUAUGAGAUUAUGAAAUUCCACACCACAGCGAUAACGAUAACGACACAAGUCAAACUCAAGUCAAGUAUAGCGCUUUUCACAAAUACACAUUGUUUCAAAGCAGCUUUACAGAAAAUCAUGAUGUUAAUGUUUAUAAUAUCUUAAUUUCUUCAUGCCUUGUAUUCGCAUUCAGCAGAUUCCCAGCUAACAAGGAAUGCUCUCAGAACUUUGGCUAAUGUUCUGGCAAGGUUCUCUCAAAGAUAUGAACAAACAUUAUUCCAGUAACAUUAAUGUUCAAAAUUAUCUAGUCUUUAGAGGCCCCUUUUACAACAUGCAAUAUAAGUCUCUUAUAAUAUAUGUUUCAGCUCAAAAUACCCCACAGCUCAUUUAUUAUAGCUUGUCAAAUUUGCCCCUAUUUGGGUGUGAGCAAAAACACACCGUUUUUGUGCAUGUCCCUUUAAAUGCAAAUGAGCUGCUGCUCCC